AUGGCAGCUCUAGGAGAAGAUGGUGACUUUGCAGGAAAGCUUAGGCUUCCUCUCCCAGACAACUUUUCCGGUCAGCCUGCAGACUGGGAAGAAUGGUCAUGGAACUUUAAAGCGUACAUUUCGAUGUUCGAAGCAGGCGCAGUGACUUUGCUCGACAAUGCCGAAGCUUUGACAACCGAGUUCACAGAUGCACACCUUGAAGUAACUUUGGACACAGGUCACUUUGCUAGCAAGUGUCCGCUGAACAGAGUGAAUGCUGUUGAGGGAGAAGAGAGUGAACUUUACGGUCUUCAGGAAGAAGAGUCUUACUUUGGUGAGGCCCCUUGGGACGACUGGUCUGAGUGGACAGUCGGAGCACUUUUCGAUGAGAGUUGGGAGUCAUGGGAUGACUCACUUUGGGAUUCCUCGUGGGAUUCCUGGGACUGGUAUUCGUAUCAGGACUUUGCAGGUUGGAAUGAGUGGUGGCCUGAAGCCACCUCCUCAAAGGAGACUUUGUCACCGCAACAGCCUCAGAAGCCUAAGGAAGAGUCAACUUUGCAGCAUGGAGCUCAGCAGGCUCCAGUUUCAGCUGUCACUGUGACAGCCCCUCCAGGACUUUCCAAGGCAGCGCCCAAACCUAAGGCCAAGAGCUCACUUUCCCCGAGCUCGUUCUUGAUGUCGGCACUCGUGCUUGGCAACUUUGGUGUUAGUCAGUCGUUUGGUUUUGAAGGCAUGUUGACUGGUGAUGUUGACUUUUCGUAUGGCGAGAAGCGUGCGACCUUUUCGUCGGUUGGCAUGGCGCCGUUGGAAACCUUUUCGCUGAACCGAAACGACUCGGUGCCUCAGAAACUUUUCAGUGUGUACGAUCUUGGAGUGUCGAACCUGAACACAACAUUCCGGGAUCAUGCUUUGGAGGAACAUUUGGUUGCAGCCACCUUUGACGAGAAUGAGCCCUGGAUACUUUUUGAUUCAGGAGCAGCGACCCAUUGCUGUCCUCAGGACUUUGCUUCGGAGUGGAUGAGUUUGUUGAAGUUUGCAACCUUCUUCACGACUCCAAUGAACAAGGACCAUUCCGCAGAGGACACUUUCCGUCUGCGUUUGGCGCAGGCCGCUUCGGGCACUUUGCCUGACUUCCAGAAGGCCCUGGUGGAACAGCUUUCGGAGAAGGACCCUGCAACUGGAGAAGCCUUCACGCACGACCGUUGGCUGAACUUUCAGUUGUUCUGGGUUCGUGUGCACUACGUGUCUCGGAACACUUUGUAUGUGCCAGAAGACCUACACUUUGAAGAAGAAUUGGGCAAUGCGCGCAUGACUUUGAUCAUGCGUCCUGAUGCAGAGCCAACGUGGCACUUUGACUUGUGGCGCAAAUACGGCACGCAGGAAGUGACGCAAGACUUUGUUGGCGCUACUUGCUUUGAGAAGUUGCCACUUGAAGCUUUUGAAGCAGAGCCAGCUCAGCCGGAGUACUUGGCUCAGAGGCCUAAGGGCUUGAAGCAGCCCGGCGAGCCAACUUUGACAGAGAGGCUGGAGCAUGAGCUCACUCACUUGCCGUUCAAGCCGUGGUGUGAAAUUUGUUUGAAAGCUAAGAGCAGGCAGGCUCACAGUAAGAAACUUUCGUUGAGACAGCCCGUCCUGCAGAUGGACUUUAGCUUUCUUUCAGAUAAGCCUGGUGAGGAACAGGUCACCAUACUUAACGUUGUCGAUGUUCUCUCGAACAUGGCACUUUCAGUGGUGAUUCCCACAAAGGCUCGCACACCGUACUCCCAUACAGAGUUGAGACGCUUUGUUCUAGAAACCGGACGUACUUUCGGAAUCUUGCAAUGCGACCCAGAGCCAGCGUUGAAAGCCAUCGCGGAAGCUGUAACAGGCGAAGUCGGUGGACUUUCCUUGCGGAGUACCCCGACAGGCUGGAAGCAAGCUCAGGGUUCCGUUGGAAACAUGCAAGCAACUUUGUAUGGACAGAUCAAGGCUUUGCGGCUUGAGCUUUUGCAGCGUUACCAAGUUGAUCUGUCGGUUCACUCAGCGCUCUUUACUUGGCUUGUGCGCCACGCGCAGUGGCUUGUGAACCGUUACCUUUGCAACGCUGCCGGCACUACUGCUUUUGAGAGACGCUGGGGAAAGCGGUACAACGGCUUCAUAUGCCGCUUUGGAGAGACCGUACUUUUCCGAAAACAGCGUGUCAACAAAGGCAAGCCGGCUUUUGAGCGUGGCAUUUGGCUUGGUAAAGACACAGAGUCGGAGCAACACUUUGUCGCUGACUCUCGUGGGGUUUACAAGACGCGUUCCUUGAAACGCCUCCCCCCCACCCAGCAGUCUGACGCGGCACUUUUGCAGUCGGUUACCGCGCGUCCUUGGGACCCAACCGGUGCAAAGGUGGAAACGGACUCCUUCAUCUUUCCGAUGCAGCAGUCCGAGGAGGCGACAAACCCAGCUUUGCCACCGUCUGGGCAACUUUCUGCUCCUCCUGAAAAAGGCAAUGAUGUGCCAAACUAUGAACUUUCAGACCCAGAGUUGGAAGAAGCUUUGGGCUUAGAUGGCACAGAGCCUGUUCCGGCUCGUGACGAUCUUUCGGACCUUCCGGAAGAUUACUUUUCUGAUGUAGAGCAAGAACCGCCCUUGCCUCCGCCUGAGUUUGAGCCUCCACGCUUGACUUUGGAUGAGCAAACUGCAAAUGCAGCGCAAGCAAGGUCGAGUACAGACGCAGCUUUGCCUCAGCCCCCUGGUUCGAGGCCGCGACUUUCUGACGAGUCGCCCGCGUCACCGACCAAGCGUAGCACAGAGACUUUUGACGUUGGAACGACUAAGGUGCAGAGGAUCAACGCGGUGACUUUCUACAGCGGUAGGAAGCGCAUACCCAAGCCACUUUGUUACCUUCGUGUUGCUGCAGUCACAACCAAGAACGACCUUGAAGUUCCUGUAGCAAUAAACCAGGAUGAAAGAGAACUUUUGCUGAUGAAGACCCUGGAAAACCCGUACUUGUGGUAUGAAACCGAGUUUCCGCUCGUUGAAGAAGUAGAAGGGAUGAAAAAGGAGAUGAAGUCUAUGACGACUUUCGAUGUUUUCGAAGAAGUUCACUACAAGGACAUUCCCCAAGCACUUUUAGACAAGGUCAUUUCGACGCGGUGGGUUAAGGUCCGCAAGUCCGACGGCACUGUGCGCUGUCGACUUGUAGUUCGAGGCUACACGCAAGAAGUCAAUGACAAGGAUGAGACUUUCGCCUCGACGCCUUCGCUCACCACCUUGAAGCUUUUGCUUACUUUGGCUGUAGCCAGAGGAUGGCACAUAGCAGUGGGUGACAUUUCCACAGCUUUCUUGCACGCUGCUGUGGAUGAUGACUUUUACGUCAUACCCCCGCUCGAGUUUUACCCAGAUGGCUGCACGCUUUGGAAGUUGAAGAAGGCGCUUUAUGGUCUUAAGCACUCUCCAAAGCUUUGGCAAGAGCACUUUGCGUCAGUCAUGAAGAAGAAUGGCUUUCGCAGGGUCAAGUCAGACCCAAACCUUUAUGUGCAUGAGACCAAGCAACUUUACGUGCUUGCUUAUGUUGACGACCUCAUGUUCUUUGGUUCAAAACCAGAUGUUGAACUUUCGGUCGCGGAGUUGCAGAAAGACCUGUUGUUGAAGAUGACAGGCACUUUGGACGAAGGUCAAUCGGUGACUUUCCUUGGCCGUGAGCUUCAAAGAACGAACGACGCCGUACUUGUUGGCAUGAACCCUGCGUACAUUGAUCGUAUGCUUGAGACGGCAGGACUUUCAGGUUGUAAGCCAGUCCUUGCUCCGGGCACAGACACUUUGCGAAAGCAGUUGAAUGUUGAGCCUCUGGACGCGGAAGCGCACAAGCGCUACCGGCGCAUCGUAGGCCAACUUUUGUGGCUUUCGAGUGUACGCCCAGACAUCAUGUAUGCAGUAAAGGAGCUCAGUCGAGGACUUUCUGCCCCGACCUCAGAGCAUGAAGCCAAGGCCAAGCACCUUUUGAAGUACCUUGCUGGUACGAAGAACUUUUCGCAACGUCUUCAACCUACCCUACAACUUUCCCCACAACACAAAGCCAUAGACAUCAACAUUUACGUAGAUUCCGAUUGGGCUGGCUGCGCAGACAGUCGUAGAUCCACUUCGGGUGUGUCACUUUUCAUGUUGGGUGCGAACAUUUUGUCGCACAGUAGGACGCAAGCUACGGUAGCACUUUCGAGUGGGGAAGCCGAGAACCGCUGA